GCAGAUCCCGUUUUUUGAUUGAUAUAUAAGGCCGUGGCACAGUACAAAGGAAACAUCCCGAGUGUGGUUUUUCCGAUAGUCACGGUGGCAUUCGAAAUAUGGCAGGCGUCAUUGAUUGUAACUUUCCUAUUUGGGGCCUGCUGCCUAAGAAAGAGACGGGUGUCACUCAAUUCCUAACUAAAUAUCCCGAAUACGAUGGUCGGGGCGUCGUCAUCGCGAUCUUUGACUCGGGGGUGGACCCCGGGGCCCCGGGUAUGCAGAUAACUUCAGAUGGAAAACCAAAAAUUAUCGAAAGAUUCGACUGUAGUGGAGCAGGAGAUGUAGAUACUAGCAAAGUUGUUCAAGCACCAGAUGGCUAUAUAAUUGGCUUGACUGGUCGUAAAUUAAAGGUUCCAUCUAAGUGGAAUAAUCCCACUGGAGAAUAUCAUAUUGGUUUAAAAAAUUUGUAUUCAUUAUAUCCUACUAAAUUAAAGGAAAGAAUAGUGGCAGAACGUAAGAAGCGUCUUUGGGAUGAUGGUCAUAAAACAGCGCUUGCAGAAGCUUCGAGACAAUUACAAGAAUUUGAAAGCAAGAAUCCACAGUUGUCGACUUUAGAAGAAAAACUACAAAAAGAAGAGCUUGAAGCUAGAAUUGAAAUAUUGAAUAACAUUGAAAAAAAAUAUUGUGAUGUAGGACCUACUUAUGAUUGUGUUGUUUUCCAUGACGGUAACAUUUGGAGGGCAUGUAUCGACACGUCUGAAGAAGGUAAUCUGGAAGAUGGCGUUUUUCUCGGUGAAUAUUCUGUUACAAAAGAUUUUGAUCCUCUUACUGAAGAAGACCAAUUAAACGUUAGUAUUAAUAUCCAUGAUGAGGGAAAUACAUUAGAAAUUGUCAGCUUAUGUUCAAGUCAUGGGACACAUGUAGCAUCAAUUGCGGCUGCGUAUUUUCCUGAUAACCCAGAAUUGAAUGGAGUGGCACCAGGAGCCCAGAUUAUAUCACUGACAGUCGGUGACGGACGUAUCGGUACAAUGGAAACUGGAACUGCCGUAGUACGGGCAAUGAUCCAUAUAAUGCAGCGUAAAGAGAAGGUUCAUGUGAUAAACAUGAGUUAUGGAGAACACGCUCACUGGUCAAAUACUGGUAGAAUAGGAGAACUGAUGAAUGAAGUUAUUGACGAAUAUGGUGUAGUUUGGGUUGCAUCUGCUGGCAAUCUUGGACCGGCUUUGUGUACCAUUGGAACUCCACCAGACAUCAGUUCAAACAGUAUUAUUAGCGUUGGUGCUUAUGUAUCACCUGAUAUGAUGGUAGCUGAAUAUUCUUUAAGAGAAAAGAUGCCAGGCAUGCCAUAUACUUGGUCAUCCCGCGGCCCUAUGAUAGAUGGAGGUGCCGGUGUAACAGUAUGCGCGCCAGGAGGUGCUAUUACCAGCGUUCCAAACUUUACACUUAGGAAAAGUCAACUUAUGAAUGGCACAAGUAUGGCAAGCCCGCAUGUAACCGGCGCUGUUGCGGUUCUUAUAUCAGGUCUUCUCGCCAAAGGUUGUCCGUAUUCUCCUUACAGUAUAAAAAGGGCUCUUGAAAAUACCGCUCUUUAUAUAUCCAACUUAGAUCAGUUCGCACAAGGGUCCGGCCUGUUACAAGUUGAACGCGCGUUUGAUAAUCUCGUUUCGUACAGCGAUGCCCCCGAAAGAGACAUUCGAUUUACCAUCAAUUGCGGAGUCAAUAAUUCUAAAGGCAUUCAUAUGAGAACAGGUGUUAUCGAUCGUUCAAAGGAUUAUGCAAUUACAGUCGAACCAGUAUUCAUAAAUAGUGAAAAUAUAGAACCAUCGCGCAAAAUUGACUUUAAUCUAAAGCUAACACUUGUGUGCGAUGCUUCAUGGGUCCAAUUUCCAACACAUCUGGAUUUAAUGCAUAUGCCUCGCUCCUUCGCUAUUAGAGUUGAAGCAUCCAAUUUACCAGAAGGUGUUCAUGCCACUAGUGUACGAGCAUAUGACGUUACUAAUAUCGCGAAAGGACCAGUAUUCCAAAUUCCGGUGACUGUCGUCCAACCAAUGACAUUACCGAAAACUGUGCUUCUUCCUGACUUAACGUAUACGAACGUUUUGUUCAAACCCAACACAAUUCAGCGUCAUUUUAUUCUUGUUCCAGAAGAUGCUACUUGGGCAGUUCUUAGAUUAAAAAGCGCAGAAAAGGAUAAGACUGGUAGAUUUGUGCUCCAUACUGUUCAAUUAAAACCUCGCAUGGCCUGCAAAACCCUUGAAGUUAACAAAAUAAUCAGUGUUACAUCUCAAUCAGAAACUAUUCAACCAUUUGCUGUCCAAGGUGGAUUAAUUCUAGAAGUAGUUAUUGCAAAAUAUUGGGCAAAUUUGGGCGACAUGCUUAUCGAUUAUUCCAUAGAAUUUCAUGGGAUUCAUAUGAUAAAUGGUAACCUUACGAUGUUAUCUGGGGAUGGAAUAAAUCGCCUUGAAUUACGUAGCUCUCUUAGAAACGAAGAAGUUGUACCAAAUAUUUCUCUAAAGACAUCUGUGCAGGUCUUAAAGCCUAAUGAAUCGAAAAUUGCUCCUUUACGAGCACGUGAUAUUAUUCCACCGUCACGACAAAUAUACGAAUUGCAACUAACGUACACAUUCCACUCGGCAAAAGCGACUGAAGUUACACCAAAUGCUGCAUUGCUUAGUGAUUUGUUGUAUGAGAAUGAAUAUGAGAGUCAAAUGUGGAUGAUUUAUGAUAGCAACAAACAACUAAUAAGUUGCGGAGAUGCAUAUCCAUCUAAAUAUACAAUCCAAAAACUAGAAAAAGGAGACUACACUUUGAAAAUGCAUACACGUCAUGAAAAGAAAGAUUUAUUGGAAAGAUUAACAGAUAUGCCAUUACUCCUAAGUCAAAAACUUAGUACACCAAUUAAUUUGGAUAUUUAUGCCAAUCAAUCACAAGCUAUUAUUGGUGGAAAAAAGAUGGUUGCUGCAUUUAUUCCACUUGGUCAUAUUCUUCCUUUGUAUAUUGCUCCAUUGUCCAACGAAAGCAAAGUAUCGAAAUAUGCUACCCCUGGUAGUUAUCUUCAAGGUACAUUGACUUUCUCUAAAGAUGAAAUUGGAAAGAAGGUGGAUAGUCACAUAUUCAAAUAUAUCAUAUCUGAACCUGCCAAGAAAAAUAGUAGUCCUGCUACUAAAACAGAGAAGGAGAAAACUACAAAGUGGGAUGAAUAUCAAGAAGCAAUAAGAGAUCUAAAGUGCAAUUAUCUUGCAAAAUUUGAACCCGGCGAACAUGCCAAUUCGCUAUACGGGGAAUUAAAAGGUAUCUUUUCGGAUCAUUUACCCGUUCACACUGCCAUGUUGACAUCUUUGGAUUCUCCUGAAGCACGGCGACAUGUACCGCACGACGAUCUUUCCGAAAACGCUAUUGCAUUAGCUAAUCAAAUAGUAACAGUCGCUGACUCUGUGAUUACAAAUAUCGAUCAAGAUAAGUUAUUAGCGUAUUACGGAUUGAAGAAUGAUCAACGUCCUGACGCGGCUAAAAUCAAGAUAACCAUGGAAAAGCAAAAGAACAGUUUGAUCGAGGGAUUAGUGAAGAAAGGUUGCGCAUUGGCACGAUUAUACAUACAUGGAACAAAGACUGGGGAGGGAGAUCGAUCUUUUCAACAUUUACUCGAAAGUGUUACGCAUCACUGGCAAGAAGUACAGAAAUUUGCUGAACCUACUGAUAGUAAGGUCAUUAUUUUAUCUUUAUGGCACGCACACAUUAAUAAUCAUUAUGGGCGUUACUUAAAAUUAUUGACGCGUUAUUAUGAGGAGAAACCAUUGAAGGAAAUUGAUGAAAAGUGCAUUGAAAUUGCAAAGGUUCUGGGAUGGAAACAUUGGUCACGUCUCCUCACCUCAAUAAGCGAAGCUUGUACACUGAUAUGUUUGCUUGUGGCCGUACGAAUAUCAAGAGAACAUUUAUCGAUUCACGAUAUAGAAAACUGUCCGAGAUUGAAUAUUAUUGUAGCAGAAGCGAUGAUAGAGGGUAAUGCGAUUCAUGCAUGGCUUAUUAAGGAAAGACUUAUAUCGCAUCCAUAUUUAAGUACUGAGGAAGCUCUGAAAUAUGGGGGCAAAAGCCUAAACAUAUUAAAAGAAUGGGUAACGUUGUUUGAUUCACACAGUCACAUCACUGCUAGUAAUUCAAAUCGCGGAUUAGUCAUUGCUCAGGUGGAAUCUGAUGCUCCAGAUAGAGAUAUAUAUAGAACAUUUUCAACUCUUGAAGCCUUUGAAGAUUUUACAUCUAUGAAAGCAUCACAAUUGAAGAUGCGAAUAGAGGAAAUGUUUCAUAUAAAAAUUUCAGUGAGCAACGAAUUGAGAGAUUUAAGUGCUAAAAGACAAAGACUUCAAGGUGAAGUUAAUAGUUUAACGCAAAAAAUAGACGAAUUAAAACAAGAAUUAUUACAUCAACAAACAGAUCUCAACAGAUUAAAAAUAAGCGUGGAACAAGCACAAGUAGCACAAAGAGAAGCAGUUGAAAGGAAUACGCCGGAAUUGGCACCUCCUAAGAGAAUAUUGAUUAAUAGUACUCCAAUUAUAUUACUCAGUACAGAUCCACGAUCAUGUAAAAUGUAUAAUUGUUUUGAUCAUAGUCGAUGUGCAUUGACGAGUGGCUUUCCUGUGUACUUGUAUGAUCCAGAUCAAUUCUCGGUAGUUAAUCCAGGAUGGGAUGUAGAUGGUUUCUUAAAAACGACUAUUAAACAAACAUUAGGAUACAAUCCGCAUCUUACUAGAAAUCCGGCAGAGGCAUGUAUCUACAUAGUUUUAGUUGGUGAAGCAUUAAGCUCCCAACAAAAGAGUGAUCAACGUUACAGCAAUUCUUUAGAUACAAAAAAACUCAACGCACUUCCCUAUUGGGGGGGAGAUGGUAGAAAUCAUAUAUUGUUAAAUCUUGCAAGGAGAGAUUUGUCUGCAGAUUCUGGAAAUAUUUUUAGUAAUCUGGAUACCGGGAGAGCAAUAGUAGUGCAAUCAACAUUUCAUAGAAAUCAGUUUCGCGAUGGUUUUGAUUUAAUUGUUCCACCAAUUCUGGGACCACCUGGUGGAGAUGUUUGGCAAGAAUGUGCACAAAUGCUGCCUGCGAGAAGAAAAUAUUUGUUGUCCUUUCAGGGAGAAAUGAGAACUUUUAAAGGCACUCCAAUGACACAUCAAAUCGACGAUUCAGACAUAGAUCUGGAAAAAUCAUUGGUCGAUGAUAAUAAUAUAGACUCAUUUAUCAUUCAACAUUUGAAAGAUAUGAGCAAUGGAAUAACUUUGGAUAAGUUUUAUAUUCAAUUUGAAUGUAUACCAGCCUCUGUGGAAAGCAAACCUGUACAGACUCUUGAUUGGUCGCUCUGUGGAACUGAUUCGUCUAGACGAGCCAUACUAAAAGAAUCGACAUUUGCAUUGAUUUUAGCUCCUAGCAAUGUCACAUUAUUGACUACUUCGUCUAUGCAAGCGAGAUUAUAUGAAGCAUUACGAGCCGGGUCAAUACCAGUUAUUCUCGGUGGUGAUCAAAUUUUGCUUAAUUAUAAUGAAGUUAUAACUUGGAGAAGAGCUGUUAUCUUUUUACCUAAGGCUAGAGUGACUGAAAUGCAUUUUUUACUGCGUGCUGUUCCUGACAACGAUCUUCUGACUAUGCGAAGACAAGGUAGAUUAAUAUGGGAACGAUUUAUGAGUACCGCACAAAGUGUAAUGGAUACUACCAUAGCGGUAGUCAGAGACAGACUCGGUAUACCUCCGUUACCGGCACCUCAAACACCCAGUCCCAGUGUGUUUAACGAAAGCUUUGUGCCUUUAAAGUCGGAUACCAUCAUCGCUGAGCCUGAAGCUGAAGAGAGCUUAGGUCCUUUAGAACCGCCGUACCCAUCUCCUGCUUUUAAGAGAAAUUAUACAACAUUAUUAAUUCAAGGUCAUGAAAUUUGGAAUGAUUGGAUGGAUCCAUUUAAUUUGUAUCCGCAAUUACCUUUUGAUACCAUUCUUCCUAGUGAUGCCAAAUUUCUUGGCUCAGAAGUUGGCUUUCGGCCUAUUGGCAAAGGUGCUGGAGGUGCCGGAAAAGAGUUUAGUGAAUCAUUAGGAGGAAACUAUCCAAGAGAACAGUUUACAAUUGUAAUAUUAACAUACGAAAGAGAACAAGUUCUUAUAAAUUCGCUAGCACGUCUUUAUGGUUUGCCUUAUUUGAACAAAGUACUGAUAGUGUGGAAUAGUCCAAAACCACCCGCGGAAGAUCUCAAAUGGCCUGACAUCGGCGUUCCAAUAAAUGUCAUAAAGGCUUCAAGAAACAGUUUGAAUAAUAGAUUCCUUCCAUUCGAUGCAAUUGAAACAGAAGCCGUCCUUUCUGUUGACGAUGAUGCUCACUUGAGGCAUGAUGAGAUCAUGUUUGGUUUCAGAGUAUGGAGGGAACAUCGAGAUCGUAUAGUUGGAUUCCCUGGUCGCUUUCACGCAUGGGACCAGAAUUAUCAUAACGCUUGGAAUUAUAAUUCUAAUUAUUCUUGCGAGUUAUCCAUGGUUUUAACCGGAGCUGCUUUCAUACACAAAUAUUAUACAUAUCUAUAUACAUAUUGGUUACCACAGUCAAUAAGAGAUAAAGUUGAUGAAUAUAUGAAUUGUGAAGAUAUAGCUAUGAAUUUCUUAAUAUCUCAUCUUACAAGGAAACCACCAGUUAAAGUAACAUCACGUUGGACAUUUAGAUGUCCGGGUUGCCCAGUUUCGCUUUCAGAAGAUGAUACUCAUUUUCAGGAGAGACAUAAGUGUAUUAAUUUCUUCUCGCAGGUUUUCGGAUAUAUGCCGCUAUUGAAUACGCAAUAUCGAGCAGAUUCCAUACUAUUUAAGACACGAAUACCACAUGACAAGCAAAAAUGUUUCAAAUUUAUAUGAAGAGGAAACUUACGCGCGUGUAUAGACUUUUGUGUAGGUAUUGUAGAAUAAGAUUUAUAUGACUUUGAUACAAUUUUAUGCAAUUCUAAAUUAUUACAAAACAUUUUACAAAAUGUGUACAAAAAGUUCAAGAACAUAAUGAAGAGUUUAAUUAUAUAAUAGGGAUUUUAUCAAAAAAAUGUCAAUAAAUAGAUAAAUUGUACAAAUGAUUAAAACAUGAACAAAUAUUGAAUGUAUCUUACAAAUAAUUAGUGCAAGGUUCUCCUUAUGUAAUUGAAUAGUGUCCAGUUUUUUUUAUCUCUGCAAGAUAUUUAAUGACAAUGAUUAUAAUGACGAUCAAAAUAAUUUCAUGACUAAUAUUAUAGAGAAGAUGAUAAAAUAAUCUGCAUUAUUAAUAUAUGUGAAUACAUAAUUGUAAAUGAUUCUCUUUUUUUUUAGCUUAUGUUCUUUAUCUUUUUUAAGUGUAAUAGUAAUCAGUGUUGCAAUCUGUGAAACAUUUAAUGCUCCAAAAAGACAGAAAAUUUUGUAAAUAUGAUCAGUGUAUACUAUAUGAAUAUAUAUUAUAAUCUAUAAUAUAGCAUAUUUUUUAUUAUGCCAUAUUGUAUAAUAUAAUAUAUAAUUGAAUUACUGCCGUAAUUAGGAGCAUAUAUAAGUACAUAGUACAUAUAUAACACACAUUACAUAUACAUACAUAUUAUAAAUAUAUUAUAAAUAUAAAUUGUGUGUAUGAUGAUCAAAAUAAUGUAUAUAUUUAAGAUAAAAUUAGAAAGAUAACAUAAUGCUUUAACAACACUAUAU